AUGGUCAAGGCGAUGUGCGAUGCGAUGGAGUUGAUCCUCCAGGAGGAGGAGCAGGCGUUCAUACGUGCGCAGGCAAAAGGCAAGCGCCGCAAGAAGGCCGGUAAGGCGCCGGCGCUGCUGCCGCACCAGAAGUCAGCCAUCCCGCUGCACAUGAUGCGUCGCUCGCACCUCACCAGCAAGGAGUUUUACCGUUUCUUUGACGAGCUGCCGCUUUUCGCCGCGGCCUUCACACAUGUGUGGCUGCCUGCCUUUUUCGCAAUGGCGUGGCCGCCUGUGAAGACGGGGUCGAAUGACGCAGCCGACAACACCAUCACCGCCCGAGACACACCACCACCGCUGCUCCCGGACGAAGACAACAGUAUGAAUAGGGAUAGCACCGCGUUCGAGAAUACACGCUCACAACAGGAUGUAAUUGAUUGGGAGAAUAUAGCCGCUGCGCCACUCGCGUCUUUGCUUGCCGACACGACGAAGCGCCGAAGCUUGGCCCGACGUAUUGUGGAGGAGCGGCUCGAACACAUGAAGCAGGCCGCAGCCGUUGAGAAAGACGGGCUGCCACCGCAGGGCUAA